GAGGUGUUUUGAUGAGGGUGUGACGGCGUCCUCAGAUCAGACGCAUGCAGACACAGGACAGACGAGGAAGAGCUGAGUUUCCUCCACACAUGAAGAGAGUCUGUGAGUGGACCUGAAGAGAGUCUGUGAGUGGACCUGGAGAGAGUUCAACAGGAAAGAUGGAGACUCCUAAAAAGAUCCUCUUUAGAACUCUGGAAUAUUUGGGGAAAGAGGACUUUAAAGAGUUCAAGUGGUGUCUGGAGGAGGAGGUCCUAGGAUUCCAAGGAAUCCCAAAGAGUCGGCUGGAGGAUGCAGACCGGAUGGACACAGUGGAUCAGAUGUUUCUGAACUACUGCAUAAAUACGUUCAAAGUGACCAUAAUGGUUUUGGGGCAGAUAAAGCAAAAUGAGCUUAAGGAGAAAUUAUCAAAACACCCUUCAGAACCUACAGAGAUUGUUUCUGAGUGCCAAGCUAAACUCAAAUCAAACCUGAAGAAAAAGUCUGAAUUAAUAUCUAAGAAAAUAACAAAAAAAGGAAAUUUAAAACCCCUGCAUGAAAUCUACACCGAGAUCUCCAUCACAGAGGGGGGGGAUGCAGAGGUCAAUGAUGAACAUGAGGUCAGACAGAUUGAAACAGCAUCCAGGAAACCAGACAGACCAGAAACAGCCAUCAGACAAGAAGAACUCUUUAAAGCCUCACCUGGAAGAGAUGCACCAAUCAGAGUGAUGACAAAGGGAGUGGCUGGAAUUGGGAAAACAGUCUUAACACAGAAGUUCACUCUGGACUGGGCUGAAGGCAAAGCCAACCAGGACAUCCAGUUCAUAUUUCCCUUCAAGUUCAAAGAGCUGAAUGUGGUGAGAGAGAAAAAGUACAGCUUUGUGGAACUUGUUCAUCACUUCUUCUCUGAAACCAGAGACGCAGGAAUCUGCAGGUUUGAUCAGUUCCCGGUUUUGUUCAUCUUUGACGGUCUGGAUGAGUGUCAACCUCCUCUGGACUUCCACAACACUGAGAUCCUGACUGAUGUCACAGAGUCCACCUCAGUGGAUGUGCUGCUGACAAACCUCAUCAGGGGGAAGCUGCUUCCCUCUGCUCGCCUCUGGAUAACCACACGACCUGCAGCAGCCAAUCAGAUCCCUCGUGAGUGUGUGGGCAUGGUGACAGAGGUCCAAGGGUUCACUGACCCACAGAAGGAGGAGUACUUCAGGAAGAGAUUCAGUGAUCAGAAGCAGGCCGGCACCAUCAUCUCCCACAUCAAGGCCUCACGAAGCCUCUACAUCAUGUGCCACAUCCCACUCUUCUGCUGGAUCUCUGCUACAGUUCUGGAGGACAUGUUGAAAACCGGAGAGGGAGGAGAGCUGCCCAAGACCCUGACUGAGAUGUUCAUCCACUUCCUGGUGGUUCAGUCCAAAGUGAAGAACAUCAAGUAUGAUGGAGGAGCUGAGACAGAUUCACACUGGACUCCAGAGAGCAGGAAGAUGAUGGAGUCUCUGGGGAAACUGUCUCUUGAGCAGCUGCAGAAAGGCAACCUGAUCUUCUAUGAGUCCGACCUGACAGAGUGUGACAUCGAUAUCAGAGCAGCCUCAGUGUGCUCAGGAGUGUUCACACAGGUCUUUAGAGAGGUGAGAGCACUGUACCAGGACAAGGUGUUCUGCUUCGUCCAUCUGAGCGUUCAGGAGUUUCUGGCUGCUCUUCAUGUCCAUCUGACCUUCAUCAACUCUGGAGUCAACCUGCUGGCAGACGAACCAACAACCUCCCAGAAGUCUGAAGUCAAACCUAAACUAAUACAUCUCUACCAGACUGCUGUGAACAAGUCCUUACAGAGUCCAAACGGACACCUGGACUUGUUCCUCCGCUUCCUCCUGGGUCUUUCACUGCAGACCAAUCAGAAACUCCUACGAGGCCUGCUGACACAGACAGGAAGUGGCACAGGGACCAACCAGGAAACAGUUAAGUACAUCAAGAAUAAAAUCAAUAAGACAUCCUCUCCAGAGAGAAGCAUCAACCUGUUCCACUGUCUGAAUGAACUGAAUGAUCGUUCUCUAGUGAAGGAGAUCCAAUGGUACCUCAGAUCAGGAAGUCUCUCCAGAUAUAAACUCUCUCCUGCUCAGUGGUCAGCUCUGGGCUUCAUGUUACUGUCAUCAGAAGAAGAUCUGGACGCAUUUGACCUGAAGAAAUACUCUGCUUCAGAGGAGGCUCUUCUGAGGCUGCUGCCAGUGGUCAAAGCAUCAAACAAAGCCCUACUGAGUGACUGUAACCUCUCAGAGCGAAGCUGUGAAGCUCUGUCCUCAGUCCUCAGCUCCCAGUCCUAUAGUCUGAGAGAUCUGGACCUGAGUAACAACAACCUGCAGGAUUCAGGAGUGAAGCUGCUGUCUGCUGGACUGAAGAGUCCACACUGUGAAUUGGAAACUCUAUGUCUGUCAGGCUGUCUGGUCACAAAGGAAGGCUGUGUUUCUCUGGCUUCAGCUCUGAGCUCCAACUCCUCCCAUCUGAGAGAGCUGGACCUGAGCUACAAUCAUCCAGGAGACUCGGGAGAGAAGCUGCUGUCUGCUGGACUGGAGGAUCCACUCUGGAGACUGGAGACACUCAGGAUGGACCAUGGUGGACUGCAGAGGUUGAAACCUGGUCUGAGGAAAUAUGUCUGUGAACUGGAGCUGGACACACACACAGCACACGUGAACCUCAAACUGUCUGACAACAACAGGAAGGUGACAUGUGUGGGAGAGGAGCAGCCAUAUCCUGAUCAUCCAGAGAGGUUUGACUUCUGGUAUCAGCUGAUGUGUAGAGAAGCUCUGACUGGUCGCUGUUACUGGGAGGUCGAGUGGAGCGGAGGGGUUUAUAUAUCAGUGACUUCCAGAGGAAUCAGCAGGAGAGGAGACAGUGAGGACUGUAGGUUUGGAGGGAAUGAUCAGUCCUGGAGACUGCGCUGCUUGGGUGAUGGUGACUAUGUCUGUCACAAUAAGAGAAAAACACUCACCUCCUCCUCCUCAUCACCCUCCUCCCCCUCCUCCCCCUACUCCCCCUCCCCCUUCUCCUUCUACUCCUCCUCAUCCUCCCCCCCCUCUGGUAGAGUAGCAGUGUAUCUGGAUCAUCCUGCUGGCUCUCUCUCCUUCUACAGAGUCUCCUCUGACACACUGAUCCACCUCCACACCUUCAGAACCACAUCCACUGAACCUCUCUAUGCUGGGUUUGGAUUCUGGUCACCUUGUUCCUCAGUGUCUCUGGUUCCUCUGCAGGUCUGAGAGUCUCUCCUCAGUGUCUCUGGUUCCUCUGCAGGUCUGAGAGUCUCUCCUCAGUGUCUCUGGUUCCUCUGCAGGUCUGAGAGUCUCUCCUGACGACAGAAACUGACUGCAAAUCCUUAACUGUGUUUCUCUUUUUUGUAAACCUCCUCUUUUAGUUUUAAAACCUGUUGUUUAUAAGCUUCUUAUUGUUUGCAACAGUCUGUAAAUAUACACAACUUUAUAAAAUAAUGCACACAUUUACCGUUUUCUAGACUAAACACAGGUAUGAUCCUGAGUUAAAAACAAUACGAGGGAACAGGAAGUUGUUAACAUCUGUAUGAAGAUAUUAAACAUCUAUCUUGUUGUUCAGUAAAUGUUGGAACUGUUUGUAAGCAGCGUGUUUCCUGACGGACACACACACGUUGGUCGGUCAGGUGGAGCAGCAGGUGAAGUCAGGUGAUGCAGACUCUCUUGAUAAAACACUCCCCCUCCACACUCGUUGGUUUGGAACAGCACUUAAAGGUCUCCUAUUGUACUAUUUUUAAGCAUAUAUUAUAGGUCUCAGAUAUAAAAAACAUGUCUCUGAAGGGUUUUGCUCACCCUCUGGUAGAGUAGCAGUGUAUCUGGAUCUUCCUGCUGGCUCUCUCUCCUUCUACAGAGUCUCCUCUGAAACACUGGUCCACCUCCACACCUUCAGAACCACAUUCACUGAACCUCUCUAUGCUGGGUUUGGGUCAGGGUUCUCGUUUUGUGUUGAUUCCUCUUCGGUGUCUCUUUGUCCUCUGCAGGUCUGAGAGUCAACAUGUUCACACUUAUAUAUACAUAUACUGAUAUACUAUGUAACAUUUCUACAUGGAAUUGUGUGAAACGAGAUGCUGACUGCAAUGAUCCACAGAAUAUUUUUUUGUUCUUGUUUUGAUUGAGAAAACACAUUCUGUUCAUCAAAUGAUGAGCAACAUUUGAACAAUUCUGUAAUGUAAUGAGAGUUGUACUGUCCUAUAUUUGUUAUGUUUCUAAAGACUUCUAAUAAAAACAAUUAUUUUAUCUUU